AUGCGUCUCACUGAGAAGUCUAAUGACCGCUUUGGAGUAUCGGUGCUAGAAGGAUGUUUAGACGAGCGAAUCAGGAUUCUGCUAAGCGAUAUCGUGGAAAAACGCCCGAGGUCAUGCCUCCCGAUGACGAAGGCCACGUUUGUCGAGUUCGAUCCGUCCGGAGUAACAAUGUGUACGUUCAACUGUGAGGACUCUCAAGCAGACGUGUGUUUUGUUCCAUGCGGUCAUCGGGUCGUCUGUAAGCAGUGCGCCAGAAGUACUCCACUACGACGAUGUCCACUUUGCUAUCAGCUUAUCGCUAAAGCCAUAUCUGAUGGUGUCGAGGUACAGAUCGGUGCUGCUCUUUCACGAACUACUGCUCCUUCUGAAGAAGAGCAGCGUCGAAUUCUGGCUGAAGAGGAGAUCGAACGAAUAGCUGCUGCGGCUGCCAAACAAGCCAAGAUGGACGCUGAACGUGAGAAGCUACGCGAAUUGGAGGAGUUACGCGAGAAGUUAGCUCAACUAGAGAUGGAAACGUCGUGUACCAUUUGCAUGGAUGCCCGUCCCAGUAUCGUCUUCAAUUGUGGUCAUACGGCAUGCUCAGACUGUACUCCGUUGCUGAAGUCCUGCCACAUUUGCCGGCAAGCAAUCACCAAAAAGCAAACACUCUACGCGUGA